AUGUCCAUGAUCGCUACCGCUUCUCCCUCUCCUCACCCUUCAUCCUUCGGUAUGCCGCGCCCCUGGGAGACCAAUCGAUGUCCUGAUUAUUCGCUCCGACCGAGGGUCGAGAACGACAAAGUUGCUCUUCCUUCAAUUCGACAGGCUUUCCCUGAGUUGCAACUCCAGAGCCAACCCCCACAUGACCUCAACACAAAGCCGCCAGUGACAGGACCGCCACUAGGCCCCGCGCCAUUGACCGCGGCGUCACCUCACUAUGUGCACUCACCUAAUUCUAGUAAGAGAAGGAGAUUAUCGAUAGAGAGAGAGGCAGAGAGUGAGAGGGUUCGCCAAGUACCACGAUUAUGCUACAGUCCCGACCGAGAAUCGCCCAGGCAGAUCUCACCAAACCUACCAAUCCAAGCAGGAGCACAAGAGAACUGGCCAACUUCUACAAGAACAAGCCCAUACCUGGCAAACGGAUCAACUACUCAUUCAGUUUCAAUGGAAGUAGGCGAGCGAGCAGAGCCUCGUUCGACCUUAGCUAGUCUUCCUCCACCACGAUCUCUAGAACGGGAAUCAGUAUUAGUGAACCGUGGAGCAGUACCGGCACCGGCACCAGUAUCUGUAUCAGUACCAGUGCCUGCACCUGCAGAGAGCUACAGAUCUUCACAUCAGCCAAUGCCGCAUUCUCGAACCCCCAUAUCCGAGUCUGGAGUCUCGCCUUACCGAGAAUCAAGUUAUGGCUAUCCUUAUCACCACCCCACACGAUAUCAAUCGCUAUCAACAGGUUCUGCUCACUCGUUUGACCGUACACCGUUUACUCCUGGUGCAUACAACACACCCUACCAGGACUUUGUUCGAUUUGGCGAUAUGGGCCCUGCCAGCUUGAGCGGUGAUAACAAACAGCGAAAGCGAAGGGGUAACCUGCCCAAGGAGACUACGGAUAAACUGAGAGCAUGGUUUGUGGCACAUCUUCAGCAUCCAUAUCCAACCGAGGACGAGAAACAGGAUCUCAUGCGACAGACGGGAUUGCAGAUGAACCAAAUUUCCAACUGGUUCAUUAAUGCGCGACGCCGCCAACUGCCAACUAUGAUCAACAACGCUCGCGCCGAAACCGACGCAAUGUCUGGUGCUCGAGGCGGUGACAUGAAGGUGCUUGCCACAACGGAGCGAGGCGACUUUGACCACGGGAAGCGAGAGCCCGUUGGACCUCUUAGUGACGGAGAGGGCGCCACUUACGACGAAGAGCUUGAGGCGCUGAGCCAGCGAAGACCUGGCACCAUGGGUAGGGGUAGUGUCUGA